AUGGGAUAUACGGACCAAAGUCCAGUGUAUAUUUCUGAUAUUGGAGCAACCAACUUGAAGCCUCUUUUCAUCUCUUGCGCUGGUUUCCAAGCUAUUUUCUUCGUUGGAACUUUAAUAAUGGAAUACUAUCUUCGUACAGCCAGAAAGUUGCAGCCAUAUGUUUCUACAAAGCAACCUAAGCUUGCGAUUGCAAGUAUAAUAUGUGCAAUUAUUGGCCAAUUGGGUAUAUUAUUUGUGUCUAUUUUCGAUACUAAAAAUUAUCAUUCCGUACACUUAUCUAUGGUCGGUCUUUUCAUUGCAGGUUGUUUCUUUGCUUGUUUCUUCAACUUCUUCAAUUCGUUCAUUUUCGGAAAUUAUCCUCACAGAUUGAGUCCAGAUCACGAAAAGGUUAUCUUUGGUAAGCACAGGUGGGCUAAUGUGUAUAUGAUAUCUUUCUUCUUGAAGAUUUUCUGGAUGUUAGCAGCAGCAGCAUUAGCGUUAUUAUUUGGUGUCUAUAUGAAAAACGGUAAAGAUAGUACUUCUGCUAUAUUCGAGUGGUCCAUCUCAUUUUGGUAUGGUGUUUUAUUAGUGAUGUGGGGUAUCGACUUAUUCCCAUCCGCUGUAAAGCAUUACAGAGUCAGACAUCCAGAAGAAUUCGACAAUAGCUUCAAGCCUUAUGAUGGUAAUGAAAAGGACGAUGCAAGAACCAUUCUGACUUACGGAGCUCCUACAUACGCUAACUUUGAUCCAAAUAACCCUGAAGCUCCAAAUCACAAUAACCAUGAUGUUUUAUCAAAUGGGCCUAGGUCUACCUUAGUACAGGUACCAUACGACGAAUUAGAAACCCCUAAUAACUAUAGAAACUACAACCAAGUAUAA